UUGGAGGCGUGAGAGGGAAGGGAACGAACACGACGCUGCAUGGAGGGGCGGGGAAGAGGAGGAGAGAGGAGAAUAGAGAGGAAAGGGAGGAGAGCCAAAGCAGGAUUUACUGUUACGAGGGGGAAAAUGUGUUUUAUCCAGUGCGUUUCCAGGAGGAGACGGAUAAAGCGACUUGUUUCUUCGCUGAAACGCAAAUACCCGGAGCUGCCUUCUCUCAUGGCUCUGCACUUAUAAAGCUCAGCCUGCGCCUGUUCGCCCUGUGGGGAAAAACUUGUGGCCGAAGGAAGAAGGCGGAAGAGGCCAAGCAGCGACUCCUGUCGGGGAAACGGGGCGAAGGGUGGAGAGCUGGAGUCGUUUAGUCAUCCUAUAUGUGCACCCCUCUCGGCUGCUCCUCUCAUGGACUCUCCCUAGUAAUUAUAGCAACGCUAUAGGCACGUUCAGUGACUGGGAAUCCCGGAGACGCAACUUUCGGAGACGAGGACAACCUAAAAGUUGUGUAGCCGGUGGGGCCGGAGGAGCUUGUUGAUACUGGAGCACCAAUCGAUCAACCCGUUUUCAGAGAGCAGGAGGGGGGCGCCUGCCGCGGGAACGACGAGGAACAGGAUGAUGAGUAGUGGAAGCGGAGGGGUGGGCGCGGGAGGCGGCGGCGCGGAAGUGGUCUGCUCUGGAUGGCUCCGCAAAUCCCCCCCGGAGAAAAAGUUGAAACGUUUCGCAUGGAAGAGGAGAUGGUUUAUCCUUCGCAGUGGACGUCUAACAGGAGACCCAGAUGUGCUGGAGUACUACAAAAAUGAUCACGCAAAGAAGCCGAUCCGCAUUAUUGACUUAAAUUUGUGUGAACAAGUUGAUGCUGGGUUGGUGUUCAACAAAAAGGAAUUUGAAAAUAGUUAUAUUUUUGACAUCAAGACCAUUGACCGAGUAUUUUAUUUAGUGGCAGAAAGUGAAGAAGAAAUGAAUAAGUGGGUUCGAAAUAUCUGUGAUAUCUGUGGAUUUAAUCCCACUGAUGAAGAUGUAAAACCUGUUGUGAACUCCGAAACUUCUAACCAAGCAGCAUUGGUCCAAGGCCCUCUACCUCCCCCUUACCAGCUCAUAAAUAUGCCACUUGUAGAGUCCUCAAAUAGCCAAGAUCCCCAGGACUAUCUUUUACUAAUAAACUGCCAGAGCAAAAAACCUGAACCGUUGAGGCAAGGUGCACCAUCUUUAAUAUCAGAAGAUGACUAUCUACUGCUUGAAGACUUUGAAAGCAAAAAGAUCUCUUGGCCAUCUCAAGGAGAUUCCACCAGGACAGCCACAGCCGAAACAGACUGCAAUGACAAUGUUGCUACUCACAAAGGUUCCUCGGCCCAAAAACCUGCAGUGAAUGGACACAUUCAGCAGUCUAGCAAUUAUGACUCUCCAUCCCGUGGUGGAUCAUUCUCUACAGAAUCUAGUUUCUACAGUCUUCCUAGAAGCUACUCACAAGAUGUUUUACCAAAAGCUACUUCUCCUUCAGUCACUGAUAUGGAUGGAGAUUCAAAUGUUUUUAACAUGUCUGGAGCCUCUUCUCUAGAAACACAGCUGAGGCAUUUUUCAUUAAGCUAUGACAUUCCUCCAUCAUCUGGAAGCACUUAUCAAAUUCCCAGAACUGUUCAUGAGGGUGCUUCUGGUCAGUCUACAGCUGCAGAUGUUCCUCCUCCUAGACCGCCAAAGCCUCAUCAGUCUUCAGAACGUUCUCCAAUUGAAUCUGGUCUUACGCGGACUGUUUCAGAGACUGAUAGCAACUACUGUGUCCCAACAUCUGGAAUGUCUGUAUCCCGUAGUAAUACCAUUUCAACACAAGAGUUAAGUAAAUAUAAGAAAGAUAUGAGUUCUCAAGAUUUCUAUGACAUUCCACGUCCAUUUACAAGUGACAGAUCUAGCUCACUUGAGGGUUUUCAUGGCCAUUUUAAAAAUAAAAACUUGUUGGCAGUGGGAAGUUUUUCUAAUGAAGAGUUAGAUGAAAACUAUGUUCCAAUGAACCCAAACUCUCCUCCACGACAGCAUUCCAACAGCUGUACUGAACCAAUUCAAGAAACCAACUACGUUCCUAUGACUCCUGGCAUGUUUGACUUCUCAUCAUUUGGAAUGCAAGUCCCACCUCCAGCCCACAUGGGCUUCAGGUCCAGUCCAAAGACCCCUCCCAGGAGGUCUGUUCCAUCUGCUGACUGUGAACCCCCACCAGUUGAUCGUAAUCUCAAACCAGAUAGGAAAGGUCAGAGCCCUAAAAUUUUAAGACCUAAACCUCAUGGUUUAGAGCGAACUGAUUCCCAAACCAUAGGUGAAUUUUCCACAAGAAGAAAGGUAAGGUUAGCACCAUUGAAAAUACCGUCUAUGUCUGAGUGGGAGGAAUCCAUGCAGACGCCAGUACGAUCUCCUGUUACAAGAAGCUUUACACGAGAUUCCUCUAGGUUCCCUAUGCCUCCCAGGCCGGAUUCAGUACAUAGCACUGCUUCCAGCAGUGAUUCGCAGGAUAGUGAAGAAAACUAUGUACCCAUGAACCCAAGUCUCUCAACUGAAGAUCCAAGUUUGUUUGGGAGCAGCAGCAUCGAUGAAGGGCACAGUCCUAUGAUAAAGCCUAAGGGAGACAAGCAAGUGGAAUAUUUAGACUUGGAUUUAGACUCUGGAAAAUCAACACCACCAAGAAAGAAGAAGAGUGUUGGUUCUGGAAGCAGCGCUGCUGAUGAAAAGGUUGAUUACGUUGUCGUAGACAAGCAGAAAACACUAGCACUGAAAAGUACCAGAGAAGCAUGGACUGAUGGGAGACAGUCAACCGAAACCGAAACGCCAACCAAGAAUGUCAAAUAAACGCCCGUAGUAUUUGAACACUUGUUUUAUGAUCACAUGGGUGCCAUUUGGAGCGACGCAUUCUGAUGCCUUCUCUGGUGGAUUCUGCUGAGAUGGAACCUACAUUUUAAUCUUGCUGAAUAUUUCCCAUGGAUCAGCGAGGCAGAGACUGAAUUGUGCACUGUGCAAUCUGUAGAUUUAAGCCCCUGUAAAUAAUUUUUUAUGUAAAAAGAUUACCAUCUAACAAGAUCCAUUUGUUUAACGCAUCUAGCCAUGUUUUGUAGUAUUAUUAUUAUGAUGUUUAUGCACUUUCUGUGGUUCAGACAACGGUUCUGCCAUGUAAUACCUUAAGCCUUUUUUGUUAUUAACAUAGAUUAUUUUUAGUGGGAUAUUAUCAUCUGCAUUUUGGAAUACACUAAGAUUUGGAUUAUCCCUGUAAGGAAUAGAGUCUGCAAGUGUAUUAUAAUGUACAAGUGCUCAAGGCUUUCUAUCACUUGCGCCAAUCAAACAGCUUCUUAUAAUUCACCAUAGCAGUUCCUGUACCGAUUUAAGAUUUGUUAUGCUUAACUUACAUUUAUAUACUGCGGUGAGAAAUGCAUUCAUCUCCUGGAACUUCAGGAAUGGCCAGCCCAUGCUUUAGAAAAAAAAAAUACUAUGGCCCAGAACUUUGAACCUAAAGGGAAAAAAUACCCCUACUCUUUCAAAAAUGAUGCAUAAACACUAAACUUCCAAAACAAGCGUAUGUGUAUUUAUUUAUAUAUACACACGCAUGUGCAAAUGCAUGUAUGGGAAACCUGUUAUCCAAAAAGUGCAUUAUAAGAAAAUAAUUUAAAUAGUUUUUUUUUUUCAAAGGUUUCCUUUUUUUCCUGCAACUAUGAAAAAGUACAUUGUACACAAUGGUACCUAAGCUGCAUGAAUCCGUUUUGGUGGCAAAGCAGUCCUUUUGCAAACAUUCUGCAUAAUAAAUCCUAUACCGUAUAAUAAUCUAUACACAUAUUAUCCAACUAAAUGAGCUUAUGUCAAGUGGGGGGGUCCCUUUAAUAAGGGAUGCACGAUUGGCCGAAUCCUUCUGCCUGGCUGAACCGAAUUCAAAUUUGCAUAUGCAAAUUAGGGACAGGGAGGGAAAUCGUGUGACUUUUUGUCACAAAACAAGGAAGUAAAAAAUGUUUUCCACUUCCCACCCCUAAUUUGCAUAUUCAAAUUAUGUUCGGUAUUCAGCCCAUCUUUUGCAAAGGAUUCGGGGGUUCGGCCAAAUCCAAAAAAGUGGUUUUGGUGCUUUUAAAGGUCUUUUACAGCCUGUUCACUUCAGUCUUUUACUCUUGUAAAAAUAUGAAUAUGAAUUUUAAGUUUGUGUUUAUUUCUCCACUACCCCAAAAAUGAUUAAUAUAGUGUGCUGUGGCUGCUGCUCCUUAGACUGGAGUUCAUUAAAAUAUGGGGUUUAUUAAAAUAUCUGAUCCUUCGUCAACUUCAAAAAUCACUCAACGGAAAUGCAUAUUUAUCAUUUUAUGUCUGAAACUUCCAAUAAAGCUGAAAGCUGUGAUAUGGAAAUGAAAUGCAAUGACACAGAUGUUGCCUUGAGCAAGGUUAGUCCUUUCUGCAAUAAGUGCAUUUACAUUGCUGAUGAUGUAUUCGUUGAAUCGGUGGGGAUUCUGCAGGAUAGAAUCUUCUGCUGACUGAAUGGGUUUAAUGGAACUUACCCGAGUGCUGGGCCCUUUUGGUAAUCAUGUUCCCAGAAUCGGUCUUUUCACAUGACUUACUACAGAGGGUACAUGAAUAAUAAUCAGGUACGUACAAAGCACUACUGUGCUAAUACACUGAUCAGGUUUUUUUUUGCAGUGAAAAUAUAUAAGCAUGUUAAUGUGGAUGAUCUAAUACUGUAAUGGUUCAUUAAGACAGCUGCCAUUAACGUUUAUAGUACUAGGAAAUACUGUGAUUUCAUUGUUUUAUUUUUAAGUGGCCAAGUAAAGACUGUUUGACACCA